AUGGCCACAUACGAGCUCACGGUCCAUCAGCUCUUACAACGACUGGCUAUGGAUCACGAGACCGUGACGACGAGGCGGUCAUCAGCAUCCCACUGGAAGACCCAGCCACCACCACCACCACCACCACAGCCACCUCUUCGCAAAGACAGUAUGGAUCCACUUUCCCAAGACAUCGACAACAACCUCCAGCACAACCACAACCACAACCACAACCCCAAAAACGACAGCAUACGCUCCGCAGCAAAUCACACAUCAGUGACAUCUCCCAGUCCAUCAUCCGAUUGGAGCGCAUGCGAAACGGAUUUUACUACAUAUCGAACCCGUGAUGUGUUGUUGCCUUCAUCACGGCAAGAUGUUGUUGACGUUGAUGCUGUUGUUACUGCAUGUGCGAGGACGAAGAAUUGUCGAUGA